AAGUCUACGUCACUGCCACCAUGUUGGAUCAGGAAGUGGGUAGAGCCGAAGCAGGAAUCCCAAGCUGAGCUUAACGUCAACGGCAGUGUUUAUACAAUCGGUCGACCGUUUCACCGUUCUCACCUUUAACAUUCAGGUUACAUGCUGCGUGGCUUUCUGGCUGGUCGAGGUAGGCGCUUUUCUUCGGAUUUGAUCGUUUUGCAGCACCAGCUAUGGCCUCGACUGUCACGCAGAGAACCUCGGGCCUCGUCCAGCGGAGGACCGAGGCCAUUCGCAGCGCCGCCGUCGACAGGGAGUCCGACGGAGAGGAGGACGAGGCGCGCCGCGAGGAAGAGGAGGACGACGACAAGGGGGACUCGAAGGAAACAAGGCUCACACUGAUGGAGGAGGUGUUGCUAUUGGGCCUCAAGGAUCGAGAGGGCUACACGUCUUUCUGGAACGACUGCAUUUCCUCCGGCCUUCGCGGGUGUAUGCUGGUCGAGCUGGCCCUCAGAGGGAGGUUACAGCUGGAGGCCUGCGGUGUGAGGAGGAAAAGCCUGCUCUCGAGGAAGGUGAUCUGCAAGUCAGAUGCCCCAACAGGAGAUGUGCUACUGGACGAGGCCUUGAAGCACAUCAAAGAAACCCAGCCUCCAGAGACUGUCCAGAGCUGGAUAGAGCUGCUGAGUGGAGAAACCUGGAAUCCCCUGAAGCUGCACUACCAGCUGAGAAACGUUAGAGAACGUCUGGCAAAAAACCUGGUAGAGAAAGGUGUCCUCACCACAGAGAAACAGAACUUCUUGCUUUUUGACAUGACCACACAUCCGCUCACUAACAACACCAUAAAACAGCGCCUCGUUAAGAAGGUCCAGGAGUCCGUUUUGGAGAAGUGGGUCAACGAUCCCCACCGCAUGGACAAGCGUGUACUGGCCCUGAUCCUUCUGGCCCACUCAUCCGACGUUCUUGAGAAUGCCUUUGCCCCACUUCAAGACGACCAGUACGACCUAGCCAUGAAGAGAGUCCACACUCUGCUGGAGCUGGAGCCGGAGAAAGAGAGCACAAAGCCCAACGUCAACGAACUUAUGUGGGCUGUUGUGGCUGCAUUUACUAAAUGAAAACACCUGUACGAGGGACUGGAAGAUCUGGCUAUGGUCUUUGUUAUUUAAUUGGUUGAAGGACUUCACUUAUUGAGACAGACUUCACUUUAAUGAGACAAUCUUUUUUGGUUGGGGAGCCUUUUUGUACAUCUGUUCCGGAUGACAUUUUUGGUGGCAGUCCAUAUUAACCCAUUGCAGUCUAAUUGGUGGUGGGCUUCACCAAAUAACAUUUGGUUGGUUGGAACAGUCCCUUAAUGAAAAAAGACUGGCUACUUUCACACAAUAAGGUAUAUUAUCUGCUGCUGCAAGGCUGGAUAUGCUUGUCAACACUACGAACAGAUGGGUUACUGUUAAUGUUAGAUGACAUCGGAAAAGAACAGAGCAGGUAGCAGCAGUAGUCAUGGUGAAUAUGAAGAUUUUGACUGGGGCCAAGUUUACCUUCUUCGCUAUGAAAACAUCAUCUCUACAUUACCACAAGAUCGGGCCAGAAUCAAAUCCUGGUCUUGUCUCCAUACUCUCCCACAUGCUUAUGCAAGGAUAAAGGAUAGCAAGUCACACUGCUACUGAUGCUCUUUGCACUCAUGCAGGUUUACUGCUUCCCCCUAUUCAUUCCCACUUGUGGCGGGAGUACAUGCUUUAGGGUUACUGUUAGAAUAGACUACCUGAACGUUUUACUGAGUCACUUUGUCUUCUCAUUAAAUUUCAUAAAAUGUCCUGCUUUCUUCGUCAUUGCAUUUUGAGGAAUAAUGGAGGACACAAACACUUGAUUGCCCGCAUAAUUACGAGCGAGCCGGGUAAUUUGGCCCUCAUAGCUUCUGACCUAUAUGAAGAAUUAUACUUUGAGUCUAAUUAAACUGUCUUUUAGUUGCAAUGGCUCCAUUCUGUGUUCUUAGAAUGAGACUAGUCUUCCAUUUCUAUUUAUGUUGCUAAUCGAUGCUUGGAGAAAAAAGAGAAAAGAUCUCACUUAUUUUGUCUAUGACUAUUGAUCUUUACGAAUACUUUAAAAUCAUUCCUCUGGACAUGUAAAAAAAAAUCUGCUCCUAUUUUUAAGUGGGAAUUGAGAUCUAAAAACAAACGGCGAUCAAAUCCCUUGUGAUUUGGAUCGCAGUAAACAGCCUACACAAGAGUUCAGUUCCGAAAAUGUUAAAGGGUCGGUUCACCCAAAUUAUUUUUUUAAAAACAUUCUCAUUUAUCAUUAGUGGUGUCUACUCAUGGAGGUAGUUUUGGUUUUAUUUAGGUUUUGAAAUGUCCCAGAGAUAUUUGCCCCUAUCUUAAGACAACAAUGUGUAAAUGGCAUUUCCUUUUAAGAUGCUCAUCAGCAGUAAAGAUUCAGAAGCAACAUCUCUGCUGGAGUUUACCACUAAUCUAGAAUCUUGGCAGUAAACAGUUUUUCUUAGAACUACUUUACACUAAAGAGAUUGCCUCUAUAAAAUCUGAUAACCGCACAACCUGAGGAUUCACUACAUACCAAACAGAAGUAAUGAGACAGUGUGUUAUGAACCGACUUUUUUUUUUUAAAGUGUCAAUCAUACGUUGUAUCUCUGUUUGUAUGUCAUGUCAUACUUAGGUGUAUUUCUGUCUGAUAGGCCCAUGCGGGGCAUGUUAUAUUUUUUUCCUACAUGCAGAUGAUGGUUAGUUUACUUGGACCCCAGAUGAGUCGUCUGAAGACUGAAACAACAACAACUGAAACAAAAACAUUCAAAAAAACAAUAUUCAAUCUAAUCUUGGAAUAAAAUCGGUUUCCAGUGAUGAUUCAGUGCAGAUCUGGGAAUGCUUCUAUUUCAAUAUAAAUGGACGACUGUAAACAUUCUAACGUCUGAGUGUGAUCUCCGUGUGAAGUUACAUUACCUAUUGUUUUACGGCAUACUUCUAGUUCUGUCUUUUUUUUUUUAUACCAACAAAAUACCAAUAGGUAUGAAGAACUGCUGAGAUUUAUUUAGAGCAAAGAUACCAUGCAUGCUAUUGGUGGAGGGCUUGGAUACUUGUGGAUGUAGCUAAAGAGAAAAGGCUUGUAUGUAAUUAGUGAUUUUACGUGUAUGAUCUAAUGGAAUUCAAUGAAAGGGAUCUUCUCUCCUAUCCUCUAUAAUUCUGUAUGCUUUUGUAUUACCACACAAAAUAAAGUAAGGAUCCUUUAAGUGCCUGAAUUUA